AGGUCUAAUAACUCAUACCAUAAUCACACUCUCAUUAUGAAGUAAAUAGACAGUUCUGGGGAGUCACAGUUACAUGAGCUGGUCAUAGACCUGGGAUGUUAGAGACAAAUAAAAAACCAAUCAAAUCUUUGUUUUCCCAAAGAUACAAAGAAACUUAGUUUGAUUAUGUUAUGUGAUAGUAGUAUGUGCAUUUCUUCUCUUCCAUGUUAUCUUGGUGGAUCUUCAUCAAAAAAGCUACAUCAGGCCCAGUUCACUGUACUCAAUACCAGCAUUUUGGAUGUCAGAAUGGCAAAUGAAAUUCAGCCUAACAAAUGUUGAAGCAAUGCACGCUGAAAAAGAAUCAUAACUUCAUAUAAGAUAAAGGAUCCUGAGGUGAUAAUCAUUAUUUAGUGAACUGCUGUUUAAAUAGAUGCUUCAUAAAAGCAUCAGCUUCAUGUUCAGUUGUGAUAAAAAGAGGCAAAUACAUGAUUAGAAAUUAAGGAGGAGACAGCAUGGUAGAAAAUGUCAUUAUACCAAAAUAUACGCCCGCCACACGUUGCCUGUGGAAUAUUGCGUGCGAGAGUGCAGCAUGACAGGGUUCAGGGAAGAGUGAAGGGUAGGAUCUUGAAUCGUAGAGCAGCUUUCCUGUGAGAAAAGACAAAACUGAGUAGGAAUCUUCAAGGCUGACAAACAGAUGGCAGAGGGUGUGCAGUAGAUGUCUCUGAAAUUGUGUGCCAGGAAGAAGGUGACUGCAGAAUGAAUGUUCUCAGGCUUUCAGGACAAGAUUCAGAGGAUAUCAGUUGAAGCUCUGAGAUGGCAGAUACAGAACAAACACGAGGUGAUGAUCUUUUGGAAGAGGUGCCCGAGCCUCAGCAGAAAGCUCCCUCUGCGCCCCCGCCGCCGCCGCCGCCGCCGCCGCCGCCCCUGCCGGAGCCCGCCCCGCCCGAGCCCGAGGAGGAGAUUCUGGGCUCCGACGAUGAGGAGCAAGAGGACCCCGCAGAUUACUGCAAAGGAGGCUAUCAUCCAGUGAAAAUUGGUGAUCUUUUCAACGGCCGGUAUCAUGUUAUUAGAAAGUUAGGAUGGGGACACUUCUCUACAGUCUGGCUAUGCUGGGAUAUGCAGGGAAAAAGGUUUGUUGCAAUGAAAGUUGUAAAAAGUGCCCAGCAUUAUACGGAGACAGCCUUGGAUGAAAUCAAGUUGCUCAAAUGUGUUCGUGAAAGUGACCCUAAUGAUCCCAACAAGGAUAUGGUUGUACAGCUAAUUGAUGACUUCAAAAUUUCUGGAAUGAAUGGAAUUCAUGUCUGCAUGGUCUUUGAAGUACUUGGACAUCAUCUUCUAAAAUGGAUAAUCAAGUCCAAUUAUCAAGGCCUUCCCAUCCGUUGUGUUAAAAGCAUAAUUCGACAGGUACUUCAGGGACUAGAUUACCUGCACAGCAAAUGCAAGAUCAUUCAUACGGACAUAAAGCCAGAGAACAUUUUGAUGUGUGUGGACGAUGCCUACGUGCGCAGGAUGGCUGCUGAAGCCACCGAGUGGCAGAAAGCUGGUGCUCCUCCCCCGUCUGGCUCAGCAGUGAGUACAGCUCCACAACAAAAGCCUGUUGGAAAAAUAUCCAAAAACAAAAAGAAAAAACUGAAGAAAAAACAGAAGAGGCAAGCUGAGCUGCUAGAAAAACGCCUGCAGGAAAUAGAAGAGCUAGAGCGGGAAGCUGAAAGGAAAAAAAUAGAAGAAAACGUAACCUCAGCUGUACCAUCAAAUGAACAAGAAGAUGAGUACCACCCAGAGGUGAAACUAAAAACAGCUGAUAUAGAGGAGGUAGUAGAUGAAGAACCUGGAAAUGAUGAUGGUGAAGCAGAAGAUCAGGAUGAAAAAGAAGACACAGAGAAGGAAAACACUGAAAAAGAUGAUGAUGUUGAGCAGGAACUUGUCAACACUGACUCUACAGACCCUAAGUGGAUAGAAUCCCCCAAAACAAAUGGCCAUAUUGUGAACGGCCCAUUCCUAUUGGAACAGCAGAUUGAAGAUGAAGAAGAAGAAGAGGAAGAAUGUCCAAAUCCAGAGGAGUAUAAUCUUGAUGAUCCAAAUGCAAAAAGUGAUUACUCUUAUAGCAGCUCCUAUGAACAGUUUAAUGGUGAAUUGCCAAAUGGACGUCAUAAAAUUCCGGAGUCGCAGUUCUCUGAAUUUUCAGCGUCGGUGUUCUCUGGGGCUCUGGAGUCUGUAGCCUGUGGUUCUGCUGUCUCUGAAGGAUCAACUGUAACUGAAAGAGAGGAGAGCAGCCCGUCUCAUGACAGGAGCAGAACGGUUUCAGCUUCCAGCACUGGGGAUUUGCCAAAAACAAAAACUCGUGCUGCUGACUUACUGGUGAAUCCACUGGACCCAAGAAAUGCAGAUAAAAUUAGAGUUAAAAUUGCUGACCUGGGGAAUGCCUGCUGGGUGCACAAACACUUCACAGAAGACAUCCAGACAAGACAGUACAGAUCCAUAGAGGUUUUAAUAGGAGCAGGUUACAGUACACCUGCUGAUAUCUGGAGUACAGCAUGUAUGGCGUUUGAGCUAGCGACUGGAGAUUACUUGUUUGAACCCCACUCUGGUGAAGACUAUUCCAGGGAUGAAGACCACAUAGCACACAUCAUAGAGCUGCUAGGCAAUAUCCCAAGGCACUUUGCUCUAUCUGGAAAAUAUUCUCGGGAAUUCUUCAAUCGCAGAGACCACAUAGCAUUGAUCAUUGAACUGCUGGGAAAAAUCCCUCGAAAAUACGCUAUGUUGGGGAAAUAUUCCAAGGAGUUUUUCACCAAAAAAGGAGAACUCCGACACAUUACCAAGUUGAAACCUUGGAGCCUUUUUGAUGUGCUUGUGGAGAAGUAUGGUUGGCCUCAUGAAGAUGCUGCACAGUUUACAGAUUUUCUGAUCCCCAUGCUAGAAAUGGUCCCAGAGAAACGUGCUUCAGCUGGAGAAUGCCUUAGGCAUCCGUGGCUGAAUUCUUAGCAGAAUCUUCCAGCUGUUUAAAAAAAAAAAAAAAAAAAAAAGCCAGCAACCACUUUCCAAUGCGUUGGACCUAAAUGGUGACUGUCACAAAAUCUUUAGCAGGAUCACACGUGAGCUGGCUUCAAUCCUCAGACCUUUAUUUUGCUUGAGGUACUGUUUGACAUUUUGCUUUUUGUGCACUGUGUUCUUGGGGAAGGGUAGUCUUUUUGUCCUCAGCUAGUAGUUUACUCACCCACUUUCUUCAGAAAACACUUAACGUGUCUUUAAGCAUUGUUUCUUGUGUUGUGUGACAUUCAGAUGUCAGAUUUUUGAACAAAAGAAACUUCCCCCCAUGUGUUUUGGCAAGUUUUGUAACUAUUUAUGAAAAAAAAAAUAUUUUAGCUGAUGCAUAUUAUAUAAUUUACGAGUGUAAGAAAUUUAUCAAGUCAGAACUGAGUUACGGCAAGGAAUUGUACAAUUUUAUCUUCUGGCAAAGGGAUGUCAUUCUUGUAUUAUAGUGUAUGUAAAUGCACCCUGUAAAUGUUUAUUUCCAUUUAAAUAUGGGACUGGGGACUCAAUUUCAGAGUAAAGCGACUAAGUUUUAGAGAGCUUUAUAGCAAACCAAUUGCAUGUAGUGGACUUUAAACUGCUUUAAGGAAUUGUGUAAACUUUCUAUUCUGUAGCAGUUCCUGUUCAUUGGGUUUUAAACAAAGUGGCUCUGGUUUACAGGAUUUCAUUCCCCAAACGGCACUUUAAAGGAAGGCUAGACUUCUUUCUAAUAAAGUAUGCAUUAUCAUUUAGCACUCCCUUUUAGAACUUUUGCCUAUUUUAAGUGCUUUUAAGAAAAGAAAAAUAGCAAUUUCCCUUACAAUGUGAUAGUGAAGACAUGGUACCAUAUGGUGUUGCCUUUUUAUAAGCACUGUAAGUUGUACUAUACCUUAAGAAAAAGAAAAAAAAUUAAAAGUAGAGCAUGAGAACCACUCUCUGUGUAGAAUUACUGAUCUUUUAUAAUAAAAGUGUGUGCUUGGCAUCAGUUAAGGAAGGAUAUAGCUGCAGAUAUUUACAGUGCAGUGGGUAAAUUAAUCCAAGAAGCAAGAUCAUGCUCAUUCCAUUCAUAGCUUUACAUGUUUCUAAAACAAAUUGCACUAGCUUUAUUCUUUCCCAUCCGUAGACAUUCGACUGCCCAUUGUAAGUUGCACGCAACAAUUAUGUGUUUCCUAGGAAAAAAGCUGCAUAGGCUGAAGCUUAUAGGCAAUACAGAUUUUAGAAUGUACAGUAUGGAGGUGUGUUUGGGCCUCUUUUAGAAGUCAGUGGGAUGAAUGUAAGCUUACUCCUGAUCUUCAUGUAACUACAGUGCCACUUUUUUCUUGACUUUGUCCAUAUAAAAUUUAUUCACAUGCCUUUGCAAUAACUAGAUUGUGAGAAGAUAGCCCCAUGCUGUAACAAUAACCAGUUGUUUGAGGUGCUUGCAGUUGUCUAAUUAAAGUGUUUUGUUUUUUCA